AUGGAAGUGCCGGACUCAAAGAGAAUUGUCCUUCUGGGGAAAACUGGAUGCGGCAAAAGCAGCUUGGGAAACACCAUAUUUGGAGAGGAAGUCUUCAAGAUCAGCCACUUGCCCGUUUCUGAGCUACGUCUGUCUCGAGGGGAAACCAGACCUGUUAAUGGCAGGAACCUCACUCUGAUUGACAGUCCCAGUCUUUUUGACACCUGUGACUCUGAAGUCAUGCUUAGGGAAAAGAUCCUGAGGUGCAUCACAGAGUGCGCUCCCGGACCUCACGCUUUCCUCAUCGUUCUUAAAGUGGAGAAAUUCACAAAGCAGGAGAAAGACGUCAUCAGAGAAAUAUGCAGACACUUCUCUGAAGAGGCUCUGAAAUUUGCUUCAGUUGUCUUCACCCAUGGAGAUCAGCUCCCAGAGGGAAGGAAGAUCGAGGACUUUGUCCAACACAACGAAGAACUGAGUGACCUAGUGAAAAACUGUGGAGGCAGGUGCCAUGUUGUAGACAAUAAAUACUGGAACCGUAAUACAGGAGACAAUUAUAGGAACAACAAGCUCCAAGUGGCAGAAAUACUGAGUACAAUUGAUAAGAUUAGUGAAGCAAAUGAUGGCAAGUUCUACACCAAUGAAAUGCUGCAAGCAGUGAUAAACCAAAUAGAGGUAGAGGAGGCAAUUAUGAAGCACUCAUCAACUAACCAAUCAUCAGAGGAAACUAGAAACAAAGUUAAAAGAAGUGUGUUUAAUUUGUUAUUGUGUCAGCUAGUGGGUACUGCUACAGGUGCAUUGUUAGGAGCAUUCCUUGGUGUGACCAAGCACAUUAAACUCUUUUUUAGUGGGUCAGAACAUUCAAAUGUUCCACCACAAGCAUCUGUCCAAAGCCCGACAUUGCUUUCUGAGGCUGCUAUAAGUGAAGCCAUGAGGGGAGUCUGGACAGGAUACAAUGCAGGUGCAGAAGCAGAGACUGUACGGGAGGCAUUUGGUGAAGCCAUGAAAGCUGUUUGGCAUCAGAGUCCCAAGACGGACUCAAGUGUAAAAAGAGAACAAAAGGAGAAAGACUCGGAGAGUAAAGGAAAGGCAGAAACAGAUUAAUUGUAUCUGUUAGAACAUGUUAAAUGUG